AUGGCAAAGAAAGGGAAGCAGAAAGCGAAAAUCGAAUUAAUCGAAGAAGAAGAAGAGAAGCAAUCAAAGAAAUUUUUAGUGGAACUUAGUAGCGAUGAUGAAGAGGCGAAUGAAGAUCUGAGCUUGAAGAUCGUAGAGAAAUCGCUGUUAAUGCAAGCGGCGAAGUCGGCCGGAAACGGCAACGGUCUUAUUGUUUUGGAUGACGAUGACGACGAUGGUGAUGGAAGCGGUGGUGGUGGAGACCGUGGCGUGGUGGAGGUAGCUUCGACGUCGUCGAUGGAGGGCGAGGCGGCGGGUGCGGGACCCAGUGGUGUUAAAAAGAGGAAAAAGAAAAAGAAGGUUGAGAAGAAGACGGAAGUUUCAGUUGGUAUUGCGAAGGGAGACGAGAAGGUAGAAACAACUGAAGAGGUGGAAACAGUUGAGAAUGCGGAGAUAAUUGAGAAGGCAGAGACGAGCGAGAAGGUAGAGGCUGAUGAGGCUGCAGAAUUGGUGGAAUCUGGUGGUGCGAAUGCAGUUGAGGAGCCUGUUAAUAUUGUGCUCCGAAAGCUUCUUGGACAAGAUUGCUUUAUUUGCAAAAAAGGUGGUCACCGUGCAAAAGAUUGUCCAGAUAAAUAUAAGGUCACUCCUCAGAGUUCAAAAAUAUGUUUGAAAUGUGGGGAAUCCGGGCAUGAGAUGUUCUACUGCAUGAAUGAUUAUUCUCUUGAUGAUCUCAAGGAAAUACAAUGCUACAUCUGCAAGAGUUUUGGCCAUUUAUGUUGUGUUACCUCUGGUCAUGAUAGUCCAAGACAAGUUUCUUGCUACAGAUGUGGUGAACUGGGUCAUACUGGUUUGGAGUGUGGAAGGUUGCAGGAGGAAGCCUCUAUGACAGAAUCACCUCUUUCAUGCUACAGGUGUGGGGAAGGGGGGCAUUUUGCACGUGAGUGCACCAGUUCUGCUAAGGGUGGGAAGAGGAACCGUGAGUUAUCAACCCCAACUCUAAAAGCUCAUAGAGGAAAUAAAGAAAGCUUGGGAAUUAAAUCUGCUCCUCAUGAUCUUGGUAAGGCUCGUAAAAAGAGAAAAACCAAGUCUGAAGAGAAAGGCACUACAACACCGCUAAAAUCAAAACACAAAGGUCGGCACAUUGCAGAAGAUCGAGGAAAUUUAUCCCAGUCAACACCAAAAAAAUCGAAACACAGAUGCGGAUGGAUUACGGAGGAUCCUGGAGAUGUGUCUAAGUCAACACCAAAAAAAUCGAAACACAGAGGCGGAUGGAUUACGGAGGAUCCUGGAGAUGUGUCUAAGCCAACACCAAAAAAAUCGAAGCACAGAGGUGAAAGGAUUACAGAGGAUCCUGGACAUGUAUCUAAUUCAACACCAAAAAAAUCAAAACACAAAGGUGGACAGAUUACAGAGGAUCCUGGAGAUGUAUUCCAGUCAAAUUCCAAGAAGAACCAUUUCAAGUCUGCUUCAACACCUCCCUUCAAGGGUCACAAGAGUUCUCCCAUGACUUCUGGCAGUCAUAUGUCAAGUUCUCAAACUUCUAAGAAUAAUAACUGGAGUCAUUCAGGAACUUCAGCAUUCCAAGGGUCGGCAACACCUUAUCAGCACAGAUAUUCAGCAUCCAGGUUUGGCAACCCUGGGAAUGCUUUCGAAAACUCUGGCCAUGCAUACAGUCACUCUGGCCAUGGAUACAACUCCUCUGGGCAUCUAUACAGUCACUCCGGCCAUGGAUACAACUCCUCUGGGCAUGCAUACAGCAACUCCAGGCAUGCAUAUAACAAUACUGGGCAUCCUCACAUCAGCCCGGGGCAUGCAUGCAACAACUCUGGGUAUGCAUAUAACAACUCAGGGCACGAAUACAACAACUCGGGGUAUGCUCGGAACAACUAUGGCCAUCCAUAUGGCAACUCUGGCUAUGCAUUUGGGAGCCCUGGCAGUGCUGGGAUGAGGAGAAACAAUGGUUGGUGGUAG